CUAGAAGAAAAAACACCCGAGCAGACCUGAUUGAAUGCUCCGAAUAGCCAAAGUGGCUGCAGCUUGUGGUGGCUUUACUUAUGCUUCAGCCGGAGGCGGCAGAGGAAGCCCGGAUCCGCCUUUGGCACCUGUGAAAGAUGCAGAGGACCUCCUAGAUUGCCGCUCACUGAAGCUAGCUGCGAGUUGUCCAAUUACCUCAGACAAGAACGAAUGUGAGGCGACCACAGUGGAAUACAGUGGAAUCAGAUACAUGUGCUAUUUCACCGAGAACACUUAUGGCAGCAUUUCGGCCACCCUCAAGGCCAACCGUUGCAAUGUGGACAUGAACAGCAAGGUUUGUCGGCAAGUUUGGUGAUGACUGCGGGCGUGUGCACGAGGUGAAC